AUGAUGAAGCUAUCUGCAUUCCUUUCCUUCCUCUUCUUCCUCCUUCUCUCGGCCUUCGCCACCACCAUCUCAGCCGAGGCGGUGGUCGACUCGGACGGCCAUAUUUUGAGAAACGGUGGCAAAUACUACUUGUCACCUGCCACUCCCAUUGGAGGUGGAGGCAUUAUAGCUUCCGCCAUUAGGCAUGGAGAUUCAAAUUUCUGCUCCCUGGCUGUGGUUUCAGCUUUGUUCACCAAUGGAUGGGGCGUAACCAUAUCAACUUAUCUCAAAGUAACUUUCAUCAAAACGACAUAUCCUGUGAACUUAGCGUUCGCUUAUUUAGCACCAAAUGUUUGUACUGACUCACCAAACUGGGUCGUCGUAAAUUCUCUCCCUCUUGGACAACCUGUGAUGCUUGGUGGUGCACAAGAAUUUAGUGCUGCUUCUGUUCCUGGACAGUUCUAUAUUAAGACUUAUGAUGCAGAAAAGCAUUAUUAUAAGAUCGUGUUUUGUGAGCAAGGAAAAGAUCACUGUGGAGACAUCGGAGUCAAGGUUGAUAGUGCAGAACGACGGCGUUUGGUUGUCACUGAUGACAAAAACCCUCUGGUUUUUAAGUUUUACAAGGUUAAGGAAAGCUCCAACUCUGAUCUCUCUAUGGUGGUCUGA